AUGCAGUACGUGAUCUUGGCUCCAUGGAUCAUCCACAGCACCUGGUUGUUUGUGGCUAACGAUGCAAAAGAAAGAGACGUUUCAUACUUCCUCAUGCUUGGAGUGGUGUUGUGGAGGAUCAUCCACAACCAGAUUUGGAUCUCUCUGUCUCGAUAUCGAACUGCCAAAGGCAAUGGCCGAAUCCUUGACAGGGGUCUCGAAUUCGAACAGGUCGACAGAGAAAACAAUUGGGAUGACCAGAUAUUGUUCAAUGCACUUCUAUUCUACACAGGCAGCAGGCACCUGCCUGGGGCUCAAAAGCUGCCACUUUGGAGGCCACAUGGAGUUCUUCUAAGCAUUGUGCUUCAUGCUGGUCCAGUGGAGUUCCUGUAUUAUUGGUUUCACAGAGCACUUCACCAUCAUUACCUCUACUCUCGCUACCAUUCUCAUCACCAUUCCUCAAUCGUUACUCAGCCAAUUACUUCUGUGAUUCAUCCAUUUGCGGAGCACAUGGUAUAUUCUGCGCUCUUCUUUAUACCAAUUCUGGCCACUAUAUUGACGAGAACUAUUUCUAUGGCAUCCUUUGCUGGUUAUGUUACUUACAUUGACUUCAUGAACAACAUGGGGCACUGCAAUUUCGAGCUCAUUCCAAACUGGCUCUUUUCUCUAUUUCCUCCUCUUAAGUAUUUUAUGUAUACACCGUCAUACCACUCCUUGCAUCACACACAAUUCAGAACCAAUUACUCACUUUUUAUGCCAAUCUACGACUACAUAUAUGAAACCAUGGACAAAUCUUCAGAUGCUCUCUACGAAACUGCACUCAAGAGAGAGGAAGAAACGCCAGAUGUCCUUCAUCUAACCCAUCUAACAACACCUGAAUCCAUCUAUCAUCUACCGCUAGGAUUUGCUUCUUUGGCCUCCCUGCCCCACACAUCAAAAUGGUACCUAUGGUUGAUGUGGCCUGUAACAUUGUGGUCUAUGAUUCUAACUUGGAUCUAUGGCCGUACAUUUGUGGUUGAGCGGCAGCGUUUUGAUAAUCUCAGAGUACAAACUUGGGUUAUACCAAAGUACAAUUUGCAAUACUACUUGCAAUGGCAAAAUGAAGCAAUCAACAGUCUGAUUGAGGAAGCCAUAAUUCAAGCAGAGGGAAAGGGUGUUAAAGUUUUAUGUCUGGGUCUCUUAAAUCAGGCAAGUCUGUUGUUUCUAUUCCCUUUUACUUUCAAGGUAAAUUAUUUGAGCUCAAAUUCACUUUUAAGUUAA